AUGGCGGGACUGGGAUCUGCAGCCCGGCGGCCCGGAGUCCUUCUGCUCCUGCUGUGUAUCGCCCACCCCUCGCAGCCUGGAGGGGUCCCGGGGGCUGUUCCUGGUGGAGUUCCCGGAGGCGUCUAUUACCCAGGUGCUGGUCUCGGAGGUCUGGGAGGAGGAGCUCUGGGACCUGGAGGCAAACCGCCCAAGCCAGGUGCUGGUGGGCUCGCAGGCGGUGGCCCUGGGGCAGGGCUCGGGGCCUUUCCAGCAGGCACCUACCCAGGGGUUCUGGUGCCCGGUGGAGUGGCGGGUGCUGCCGCGGCCUAUAAAGCUGCCAAGGCUGGGGCUGGGCUUGGCGGUGUCGGCGGCCUUGGUGGCGUCGGCGACCUUGGUGGCGCGGUGGUGCCUCAGGUCGGAGCCGGAGUCGGAGUUGGAGUCGGAGCCGGAGCGAAGCCCGGGAAGGUGCCCGGUGUGGGGCUGCCCGGUGUAUACCCAGGUGGAGUGCUCCCAGGAGCUCGGUUCCCGGGUGUAGGGGUGCUCCCUGGGGUUCCCACCGGAACCGGAGUCAAGGCCAAGACCCCAGGUGGAGGCGGAGCUUUCGCCGGAAUCCCAGGAGUCGGACCCUUUGGGGGCCAGCAGCCUGGCGUCCCGCUGGGGUACCCCAUCAAGGCACCCAAGCUGCCAGGUGGCUAUGGACUGCCCUACAGCACUGGGAAACUGCCCUACGGCUAUGGGCCCGGAGGAGUGGCUGGUGCCGGGGGCAAGGCUGGGUACCCGACGGGGACAGGAGUUGGUGCGCAGGCUGCAGCAGCAGCAGCAGCUAAAGCAGCAAAGUAUGGUGCGGGAGGAGCCGGGGUUCUCCCCGGUGUUGGAGGCGGCGGCAUUCCCGGCGGGGCCGGCGCAAUUCCUGGGAUCGGAGGCAUCGCAGGGGCAGGGGCGCCGGCCGCUGCGGCAAAGGCUGCCGCGAAGGCAGCUAAGUUCGGAGCUGCUGGAGGCUUGGUGCCCGGUGGACCAGGCUUUGGCGGCCCAGGAGUUGGGGUCCCAGGUGUUGGGGUCCCAGGUGUUGGAAUCCCAGGUGUUGGAAUCCCAGGUGUGGGUGGACCAGGAGCUGUGUCACCAGCUGCAGCUGCUAAAGCAGCCAAAUACGGGGCCAGAGCCGGAGUGGGUGUUGGAGGCAUUCCCACUUUUGGGGUCGGGGUCGGUGCUGGGGGCUUUCCUGGUUACGGUAUUGGAGCUGGAGCCGGAGGUGUUCCUGGAGCUGCCCUUUCCCCUGCAGCCCAGGCAGCAGCCGCGGCCAAGGCAGCCAAGUACGGAGCAGGGACCCCAGCCGCUGCAGCCGCCAAAGCUGCCGCCAAAGCCGCCCAGUUUGGGUUAGGCCCCGGUAUUGGCGUGGGUCCUGGCAUUGGCGUGGGCCCCGGCAUUGGCAUUGGCCUCGGUGGUGUUACAGGAGCAGGGGCCCCCGAUGCAGCCAAAGCUGCGGCUAAAGCCGCCGCCAAAGCCCAGUACCGGGCUGCAGCUGGGCUCCCUGUUGGCGUUCCCGGCUUUGGGGCUGGUGCUGGUGUUCCCGGAUUCGGAGUUGGUGCCGGCAUUCCGGGAUUUGGAGCUGGUGUUGGUGUUCCUGGCUUUGGGGCAGUACCUGGAACCCUGGCUGCAGCUAAAGCCGCCAAAUAUGGUGAGUGCACCCCACACACUGCCCCCUGGGUGGGAGGGCCCGGGGCUCUCGGAGGAGUAGGUGUCCCAGGUGGUGUGGCAGGAGCCGGACCUGCGGUCUCAGCCGCUGCUGCCAAAGCUGCCGCCAAAGCCGCGCAGUAUGGCCUCGGGGGAGCCGGACCCCUGGGAAUCGGGGGGCUCGGAGUCGGAGGAGCCAUCCCAGGGGUUGGGGGCUUUGGAGGUGUGCCCCCGGCCGCAGCUGCUAAAGCAGCCAAAUAUGGAGUUGCAGCACGACCUGGCUUCGGACUGUCCCCUAUUUACCCAGGUGGUGCAGCCGGGGGCCUGGGCAUCGGUGGCAAACCUCCUAAGCCCUUUGGAGGGGCCCUGGGAGCCCUGGGAUACCAAGGUGGGGCCUGCCUGGGGAAAUCCUGUGGCCGGAAGAGAAAGUGAGCUUCCCAGGACCCCUGACUCGCGACCUCAUCAACGUUGGUGCUACUGCUUGGUGGAGAAUGUAAACCCCUUGUGACCCCUCCCCCAUCCCCC